AUGUCUCUUGAAGAAUCGAUCGUCGAAGCGGCAAGGGAGUCAGAUGAUAAACUUUCCAAUGCUGAGCUUCAGUGUCGACUAGGAAUACUGGAAUCUUACUUCAAGCAGGCCUUAUCCGUCCAAGCUGAUAUUGAGGAUUUAGAUCCAAUUAACAACGGCCGCGCAGAUCUGGAAGAUAGCUACGUAACAGUUAAGCUGAAUAUCCAAGCGCAACUUGGAGAAGAUGAUAACAGUACAGUGCACUUCCCCGAAACGUCAACAGCAGCAGUUGUUAAGCCCUCGUCACAUCUGCCAAGAUUAUCAUUGCCAACAUUUAAUGGCGAUUACGCAGACAACAAGAACUUUAUCACUUCAUUUACCCAAAUUAUUGCUCGUGAACCGAGGCUGUCGAACAUCGAAAAAUUUAAUUACCUUUUAACUUGUUUAAAGGGUCUCGCGCUAGAAACUGUUAAUGCAUUCCAAGUCACUAGCGAAAACUAUCCGAAGGCUUUGGAUAGGCUCAAGCAACGGUUCGACAACCCAAGGUUGAUUUUUUUGGAAGGCAUUGCCUCACUGUUCUCAUUAACGGCACUGGAAAGGUCGAACGCUCAACAGCUGCGCAGUUUAGUAGACAAGGCAUCGGUAAUUUUUAGCUCCUUGGAGUCAGUGGGAACAUUUGCAAACAUCGCACAAGCAUUGUUAAUUAACAUUGUGAUGGGCAAGUGUGAUCAGCAAACCAGAAACAAAUGGAACGAGUCACUGGACUACAAGUCGCUUCCAACUUGGUCACAGUGCACUCAAGUCGUGGAACGACAUUGCCAGUUCUUGCACUCAUGCGAGUCAUCGUCACAACGAAAACCCGAGUCUGGCAAGCAAAAUCGCGUAAGCAAUCGCAUGCAAAAUUCGGCAUUUGCUAUCGCUAACUCUAAUUGUGUUCUUUGUUCCAGUUCCAACCAUAAACUCGUCGGUUGCUUGAGGUUUAAGGAGAUGAACACAAAUCAACGCUUUGAUCUCAUCAAGAAGCAUGAUCUAUGCAUCAACUGCUUAGGCAAUGGUCAUAGAAUGAUUCAAUGUCCAUCCAAGAAUCGGUGCCGCUGUUGCAAUCGAGCACACCACACGUUGUUGCAUCAUGAGAAUGCAUCUCAAACCACUCAAACAACUCCAGUGGCAGGUCCCGCAUUCCAGCCUUCGGGGUCUACUCGACCUACAUGGCAGACUUCAUCGCAAGAAUCGACAGCAACCCACUCGCACAUGGGUGCAUCGGAAGGUGGCCAGGUGAUUCUUGCAACGGCUAUGAUCCUGGUCAAGGACGCUACGGCAUACCAGCCAGAUGCCGAGAUCGACACGUCCGGUUGGAGCUUGCCAGCCAAUACCAAAUUAGCAGACGAGAUGUUUUUUAGGCCCCGGCGCAUAGACCUGUUGUUAGGAACAGAGGCCUUCUUUGAUGCUCUUGCUGUUGGCCAAAUUCGACUGGGUCCCAAUUUACCCACGCUUCAGAAGACGUUGUUUGGCUGGGUCGUCUCUGGUUGGUUUCGGGGUGACUAUAACGUGACGUCAUCAUCUUGUCUGCUGUCAAAUGAAACCUCAAUCGACGAGAAUUUGCAACGCCUAUGGCAACUGGAAGCCAUCGACACGUCACCAAAACCAACUCAGCCAGACUAUCGAAUUUGUGAAGAGCAUUUCACAAAAACAACUUAUCAAGACCACACUGGUCGAAUUACUGUAAGUCUGCCAUUUACAGACAACCCAAUUUGUCUCGGAGAUUCCUUCGAUAUCGCUCGUCGGCGAUUCCUUGCGCUUGAGAGACGUCUUCUACGUUCGCCCGAAAUCCGUCCGCAGUACAUUGCAUUCAUGGAAGAGUACGAAAGUCUUGGCCACAUGUCAGUAGUAGCACACCCCAACUUGAAAGAGCCACACUACUAA